AUGGUUCCUAUGGCAAGCGCUAUUAGACGUCGUUUCUUGAUCCUUUGCAAUCCUGCAACAGGUCAAAUCAACCCACUGACGGCUCUUAUGGAAGAGCUGGUACAACGGGGCCACCAAGUCAUUCUAUCAUCCUCUAGUCAUAUUCUCAAGAAGGCACAAAAACUUCAGCUUCGUGUGGGCCAGAUUCCUCAACCUGAGGAGAUCCCUUCAGAUGAAUACCUUGCGAAGAACCAAGUGGUCUUUUACUCUCUGGGUUCAAGUGAAGUAAUGGAAGACUAUACCAACAAGGCUAUGGAGCACCCUGAGCGUUUCCAGAAGAUGUGUCGCUCUGCUCCAGGUGAUAUCUGGGGCUGGCUUGAUACUUUUACAGAGCUUGUUCCCGGUGCCUCCAGUGAAUAUCGUGACGUGGUUUUCUUUAUCCGUGACCUUGUGGAAGCCCUUGACCCUGACAUGAUCAUCGUCGAUAACUUCAGUCCCUUCGCCGUGGAUGGUGUUCGGCUGACGAAGCGACCCUUUAUCGAGACCUCACCUGGUGCUGCCGCUGCUGUAGCUAGCAACGUCAACAUUUUCUCGAGCCCCAUCCCUAUGAGCGGCGCUCGUACCGGCAGUGGUGAUAUGUUUGUUCUCUUCCGCAACUUUAUUUUCAUGCUUAUCUGGCUCAAGUUUAUCUUCUUCAACCCAUGGCCUGCUCGUCGUCGUCAAUUCCGCAAGGAAGUUCUCGGCCUCCCUUCUACUGACAUUAUCUGUGAUUCCAUCAUGACGCCUACGCCUGGAAUGCUUCCACAACAGGUGGCUACCAUCUCCUUCAACGUGGCAGGGAUGGACGUCUAUCCUGCAGAGGCUUAUGAUAAAUCCGUCUAUUUUGUCGGACCAUGCUUCCCCCCGAAGCAGAUCUCAACACCGGCGAAGUCGUUGCCAUCCAGUCCUAAUGUCAAUCCUACUCCCUUAGAUUUCUCACCAUCGGUUUCCGUUGCUUCAACACCGACCAUUGGCGAGACGAUGUUGGAGAAGGAGAUGUUUUCGAUGCAGACUCUUACUCGUGACUACGACCCUGUUAUGGCAUGGCUCGACCGCGCACACUUGGACGGCAAGCGUGUGCUUUAUAUCAACAUGGGAAGUAUCUUUUACUACACUCGUAAGGAUUAUGACAGUAUUGUUCAAGCUCUGAAGAUGCUUCACGAUAUGUAUCCUAACACGAUGGUGCUGUGGAAGAUCCCUAAGCUGCCUUUUGAGGUCCAGCCCCUUCCUACUCCCGAUGAGGACAGACUACCUCUUUACAUCCGCCGCGAGGACUGGCUCCCAAGCGUGGAAUCUGUUCUCUCACACCCUGCGGUUGCUGUCUGCAUGCACCACGGUGGUGGCAACUCAUACAACGAAGCCUUGGCAUAUGGUGUGCCACAAUUCUGUGUAUCACAAUGGGUUGAUACACAUGACAUUGGUCUUUGCAUCCAAAACUCUGGUGUCGGACUAUGGGCGGAGAAGUCUCCGUUCUUUGACCCUAGCGACAUGAGCACCAAGCUUGCCCAGCUGCUAGAGGACCAGAAUAACAAAUUCCGAAACACAGCACUUUCGUGGAAGCUGAAGGCUUCGCAAGCCGGUGGUACUAAGAGUGCAGCCGACAUUAUCGAAGGUGUGGUGUCUUCGUAUCAGUUUGCGAACGGGAGCAGCAAAACGCCUAUGCUGAAUGCCAUCUAA